GAGCCACGCUUUGAUGUUCGGGUCAACACAAAACGUGGAGAAGGCACCGGUAACAUAACUAGACGAACUAGAAACGGAACAGAAGGCGAAUUUUAUCGGUGAAAAACGAAUAAAAAUAAAGAUGCAAGUGCUUGUGCUCAUCAUGGCAGGCUUGCUGUCAAAAGCAGCAGCCUUGUACUCAUCUGGUGACGGUGUUGUACAGCUGACACCAGCAAACUUUGACAAGGAAGUGAUGAACAGCGACGAGUUAUGGAUCAUCGAAUUUUACGCUCCCUGGUGCGGACACUGUAAAAGUCUGGCUCCAGAAUGGAAGAAGGCCGCUAAGGCACUUAAGGGUGUGGUGAAGAUAGCUGCUGUAGAUGCCGAUGCCCAUGGACAGCUCGGGGGGAGGUUUAGUGUCCAGGGAUUCCCCACCAUUAAAGUAUUUGGAGUCAACAAAAACAAGCCAGAGGACUAUCAAGGUGGGCGCACAGCUGACGCCAUUGUUAAUGCCGCCAUGUCCAAGGUCAAGGCCAUGGUAAAUGACCGCAUGAGUGGCCGUGGAGGAGGCAGCGGCGGUAGUGGCGGUGGAUCAAAGUCCGGAGAUCCCAAGGAUGUGAUUGAGCUGACCGACGGAAACUUCCAAGAGUUGGUGUUGGAAAGUGAUGAUUUGUGGCUUGUGGAGUUUUUUGCACCAUGGUGCGGUCACUGUAAGAACCUUGCACCAGAAUGGCAGUCCGCUGCCUCACAGAUGAAGGGCAAGGUCAAGUUUGGAGCAGUUGAUGCUACUGUACACACUGUGUAUGCUAGCAGAUACGAGGUUCGUGGCUACCCAACCAUCAAGAUGUUCCAGAAAGGCGAAGUUAGAGAGUAUGAUGGCGGACGAACAGCCUCGGAUAUUGUUGCCUGGGCAACAGACAAAGCUGCUGCUAACAUUCCUCCCCCAGAAGUCUACCAGCUGACGUCCGAGGAUGUAAUGAAACAAAAUUGCCAGAAACAACAGAUAUGUGUUUUUGCCGUCCUACCGCACAUCCUCGACUGUCAGGCCGACUGUAGGAACAACUACAUUUCAACCCUAAAACGUCUCGGUGAAAAGUUCAAGAAAAACCAGUGGGGAUGGGUUUGGGCCGAGGCAGCAGCACAGCCUGAGAUUGAGAAAGCCCUGGGUAUGGGAGGAUUUGGUUAUCCGGCAAUGGUAGCUCUCAAUUCGAGGAAGAACCUGUAUGUUAUUCUGAAGGGACCUUUCAGUGAGAAUGGCAUCAACGAAUUUCUGCGGGACCUGUCAUACGGUAAAGGAUCCUCCGUGCCAAUGAGAGAUAAUGCGCUGCCCAAGGUACAGACCAUGGAACCCUGGGACGGAAAAGAUGGCCAGAUGUACGAGGAAGAAGAGAUCGAUCUGAGUGAUGUUGAGUUGGACGACCUCAAGGAAGAACUAUGAUACGGAAAACCAAAUUAAUUUAUCAUUUUAUGUAUGCAAAAUUGUUCAAUUAAUGUAUGAAACACAGUUAUAGUGUGUGGAAAGUCAGUAUGAAUAAUGGCAUGCAACAUUGUUCAACAUUGUUUGAGUUAUUGUAUGAAACGCUAUGUGAAAGGUUGGAAUGUUAAAAUGUAUAUACUAGUGUAUGACGUUGGACAGUGACAGUUUGAAGAAAGUGUAUGACAUUGUAUAUUUCUGUUAUCAUGGUUACAGUGUUACUUCAGAAUGACUGGUGAAUCAGAUGUUCUCAUAUAGAUGUAUGCUAUACUGUUUGUGUGAGUCUGUAUAGUUGGUAAUUUCUGCGGGGGAAUCGACUCUCUUCAAGGCCAACAAAUUGAAGAGAGCACAAAAUUAAAUACCAAGCAAAAAUUAAUACCAUGAGUAUACAGAAUGUAUAGAAAUAAAAAAAAAUCUGUUUACCCCUUUACUGCCGAAUAAUGACGAUAAAACAACAAUUUAAUUUUAUAUUUUACUUUGUUUUGAUAUAACACUUGCAAAUUAAAUCCCAUUAGCCAAAUACAAAAGUACGCUUUGGAUUGCGAUAGUUUUACCUGGCAAUGUUGUGCAAAAUUAAAUCCAAGCAAACUAGUUCCUAUCGGGACAACUUUAAAAUAUUAGCCCCGCAAAAUUAAAACAACUAUACAGUACGUUGUACACAACCAUUGCUCCCUUCUCACCUGUUUUAGAUGUUGUUUGUCACUGCUAUUGAACCAAUUGAGAAAGGUGACUCAAAUUUGCUAGAUGUUGUCGAGUUUUUCCCGGUUCUGACAUCCUGCCACGAAAGAGGUUUGUUAUAGAGGUGUUUGUUGUCACUAGCGGGGCAUGUUCGUUGUGUAUCUGUGGUCCUUAGCUUGUGUCGUACUCAACAUUGCCUACCUAGAAUAGCGGAGAUAAUAUUUAACAGAGGACUGGUACUAUUUUGUCCAGUACCUCGGAUGAAAGCCAAGCAUUUUGUGAUUAUGUAUUGUAAAGUUCUUGUAGUGAUUAUAAAAUUCAACUAGAAAAGUGGGUUUUAUUCCUGACAUUGUUCUCCUGCAUGUUUGCUCCCUCUGUUUCGUCCAAAUGGUGACAAUAUGGAUUGUUUGACUUGUGUCGUAAGGACAUAGAGGGUAUUUUUCUCCUAUGUGGUUUUGUUCAUUCAUUUUAGCUCGGGGUAAUAUACAAAAUAUGUCAAUGUUUUUGGUGGGUAUUUCAUUUAUCUUUUAAUCAAAACAAUUUCUUCAGGUGUCAAAACAGUCAUAAUCAAGUGCCAUCAUACCCAUCAUAAUUUCAUUGAAAAACUUUAAUUAAUAAGGAUCUUAAUAACAGAUUUUUUUUUUGAUAUUUGAAAUGUAAGUUUAAAGAUGACACCACAUUUAAUGCCAAAUUACUGGAGCACUUUCCUUUUUCAUGUUCCAAACAGUUUGACCAGUUGAUCUAGAAAUACGAAUGCACCCGAUAUUGUUUUCUUUUGAGCUGGUUAAAGAUCACCAGCGCCUGUUUUAUAUCUUAAUGAUAAAUGUGAAGGUGCAUGCUUUUUCAAGGCUGUUUAUUUGACCACCGGUCAUUCUGAAGUAACAUUCUGUAUAUCUGAUAGUUAAAUGAUUGUGAAUGAUAGUGGAGUACACUUUUAAGAUUUCAGUUUUGUUGUUUUUCCUCUGAAUCAAUUAUUCUCUCUCGAAACACAUAACAUAUCUUCUCUGCACCCUUGGAAAACUGCACACCACGAAAUUAUUGCUGCAGUUAAAUUUUCGCCUUUUUUGCCCUCCCUUUUAUAUGAAGACAAACUUAUCAUUACAGCGAAUAUAAGUGAUCAGCACAAUAAAGACGGUAAUUAAAUGUGAGGGGUGAAAUUUACACUGGGUGAAAAUUGUUUCAUAGGCGAAAGGCAAACGUUUGACUGGGCGGAAUUUUGCGGUAUACAGUAAUAUUAUGACAAAAUCGAAAGGCUUGUUAUUUGAUUGGUUUCAAGUAUAAAAUCCUGACCGAUUGCCAGGCUGAUAUCUAGUUGUCAUUUGAAGAUUAUAUUGGAGCUACACCCAGUUAUAUAUACUCAGCCUGUCGUUUUACUGUUACGCUGGCAAGCUGUUCCUUUGAUCUUCAUGAUAACACAUCAGACUAGUCUGCUUUUAUCAUCCACACGGUGCCGCGUAAAGACUUCAAUUUUUUGUUGAUAAAGUUGAGGGGAGAAGAGAAGAUUUUUUGAGAGCCGAACCUUCGGAUUUUGAGGGUGUAUUCUUGUAUGAAAUGAAGUUUGUAUGAACCAUGGACAGUGUUGCACCAUUGAAUGUGUGUGUAAGGUUGUGAAGCUUGUUUUUUCCUAUCCAGUUGUUUCAGUCAAUGAUUCGGUAAUACAAUGUAAAACAAUCUCGUAUUUUUUCAAAACCAUUAUUGUAUUGUGUAAUCAUAUUAACUUCUGUUAUAAUUUAAUGUUACAGGCUGAAUAUGCUUAAAAUACUGUAUGCCAGGUAUUUUUUGGAAGUAUCAGUUUUAAAAACAAGAAUAGUAAAAAGUUUCCUGUUAUAUCUGUUAUAGAUUUUAUUUCAAAUUCGGUAAAACUAAACGUCCCUGAUAAUGUCACAAUUCAGGCAAAAUUAUUGCGCCAAGACUAAUUACUUACAUGACUAAGUGCUUUUACUUUCUGCUUUAACAGUAAAUUACUUUUACUGGAAAUAUUUUUUUACGGCCAUUACACUUACAUUUAAUUUCAUUUUUCUGCCAUUAUGUGGUAAUCUUGUAAAAAAAAUAUUUUUAUAAUCACAAGUUUAUUUCUGUAAGGAUUCAGAUCAUAGAAACCAUAUGUAUAUUUAUAUAUAUGUAUAUCCUGCAAUAAGCCCAGGGAAUCAACACAUAUUCUCUUAGAAAAAAUAUGGGCAUGGGCUUAUUAUAGGACAGUUAAAUAGCUUUAGUUUCCAUUUCUAAUGAAAAUGCAAUACAUAUGGGUGGGCUUAUUACCAGGCACAGGCUUAUUGGUGGAAAAAUACGGCAAACAAAUAUCUUUUAUAGACCUAAAUAGCUUUUCUUGAAUGCUUCAUAAAUAUGAAAUAUUGUUCCUCAAAAAGUUAUUUAACUUACAAAAUUCCCUGUACCAUCACGGGUAUCAGACAUGAGUUCAUUCCAUAUUGUAUCUUGGAAGCUACAUAUGUAUGUUGAUUUGUCUGCAGAAUAUCUGCAAAAUUGCUCAAAUCUUUUACAUUAAUUAUAUAUUACUUCAACAGCAAAAAUUGUCAGUAUAAGAAUUUUCUAUCUCGUAGUACAGCAAACUUGAUCUGCUUAAAAAUCUUGAAAAGUCUUCUUUUUUUUAAAAGUAUUUUUAUGUUGUCUGCUUGUAAUAAGUUUUGUUUUACAGCUGUGAAAAUUAAGAACGGACACCCAAUUUGUUGUUAUUGCAAAUUAAUGGUAUUAAACAUUAAAUUUGAA